AUGUCAUCGACUACUCCCGAUACUGUAGGUGAUAUCCAAUUCUAUCGCAAAGAGGAAUUGGGUAGCGGUGGCUUCGGUUCAGUUUAUCGUGGUACAUAUAAAGGUCAAAGUGUAGCAAUAAAAAAAAUUUGGAUAAGACAUGGAAUAUUGCAGGAAGUUGAACGUGAGUUAAAUAUUCUGCUGCAGUUAGACAACCAUCCCAAUGUAGUAAAACUUUUCUACUUCACAAAGGAUAAAGACUUCAAUUACUUUGCUUUGGAAUUGUGCGAUGCAUCACUGGAUCAGGUGUUCCUAAAUGGGAAAGAUAACCCGAAAUAUAAAGGACCUGCAUUACCAAAUAAUUUUGAGAUUUUCUCCCAAUUAGCCACUGGUCUCCAAUACAUUCAUUCGAAGAAACUAAUCCAUCGGGACAUUAAACCGGAAAACAUCCUCAUAUCAGUGAAACAUACUGAUAAAGGUAAAAACAUAAAGAUCAAGUGGGCUGACUUUGGAUUGUCACGAGAAGUGAGUGAAAGGGGAACAUUCAUAAUGAGUGCAGUCAGAGGGACUCUACUUUGGUUCUCUCCUGAAGAGAUGGAAAAUAUAGGCAGAGACCUACGUAAUGAGAAAACUAAAGGCUCCUACACAAGCGACGUUUACGCAUUAGGCCUCGUCUUUGGUUAUAUUCUCCUAAAAGGAAGACAUAUCUACGGUGAAAGUCAAUGUGCUAUUGCUGCGAACAUGGAGCAGAACAAUCCAGUCAAUAUGAGUGAAAUUCACAAGAAGCAUUUCGCCCGUAACUUAUUUGAACAAAUGCUGAUCAAGAAACCCGAUGAAAGAAUUACAUGCGAAAAAGUUGUUAUUCAACUUCAAACCAUAAAAAUCAAACUUACCGAAGAAGAAGAAAAACUGCUUCGGUUGUGUGCACAACCUCGAACACCAGAUAAUAACAUAUUACCUUGGCCAUUCGCAAAUUCAAAACGUAUUAGAAAUGACAUCAAAUUUUUAAUGCAAUUUGGCAUCGACAUAAACGCAAAGGACAACAAUGGAAGUAAUGCGCUUCAUCUUUUGUGUAGAUAUAAUUCAAGCCAACAUUUAAUCGAUGAGAUUAAACUCUUGAUCGAACUCGGCAUCGACAAGGACGCAAAGGAGAAGGAUGGAUGGAAUGCGCUUCUUUUUUUGUGUUGUAACAAUUCAAGCCUACACUUAACCGAUGCGAUUAAACUCUUGAUCGAACUCGGCAUCGACAAGGACGCAAAGAACAACAAUGGAUCCAAUGCACUUCAUCUUUUGUGUUCUAACAAUUCAAGCCCACACUUAAUCGAUGCGAUUAAACUCUUGAUCGAACUCGGCAUCGACAAAACCGCAAUAACUAAGGCUGGAUCGAAUGCGCUUCAUCUUUUGUGUCGAUGCAGUUCAAGCCCACACUUAAUCGAUGCGAUUAAACUCUUGAUCGAACUCGGCAUCGACAAGGACGCAAAAAUCAACGCUGGAUGGAAUGCGCUUCAUCUUUUGUGUUCUAACAAUUCAAGCCCACACUUAAUCGAUGUGAUUAAACUCUUGAUCGAACUCGGCAUCGACAAAAACGCAAAAACCAACGAUGGAAUCAAUGCGCUUCAUCUUUUGUGUUCUAACAAUUCAAGUCCACAUUUAAUCGAUGCGAUUAAACUCUUGAUCGAACUCGGCAUCGACAAAAACGCAAAAACCAACGAUGGAUGGAAUGCGCUUCAUCCUUUGUGUUCUAAAAAUUCAAGCCCACACUUAAUCGAUGCGAUUAAACUCUUGAUCGAACUCGGCAUCGACAAAAACGCAAAAACCAACGAUGGAAUGAAUGCGCUUCAUCUUUUGUGUUCUAACAAUUCAAGCCCACACUUAAUCGAUGCGAUUAAACUCUUGAUCGAACUCGGCAUCGACAAGGACGCAAAAAUCAACGCUGGAUGGAAUGCGCUUCAUCUUUUGUGUUCUAACAAUUCAAGCCCACACUUAAUCGAUGCGAUUAAACUCUUGAUCGAACUCGGCAUCGACAAGGACGCAAAAAUCAACGCUGGAUGGAAUGCGCUUCAUCUUUUGUGUUCUAACAAUUCAAGCCCACACUUAAUCGAUGUGAUUAAACUCUUGAUCGAACUCGGCAUCGACAAAAACGCAAAAACCAACGAUGGAAUCAAUGCGCUUCAUCUUUUGUGUUCUAACAAUUCAAGUCCACAUUUAAUCGAUGCGAUUAAACUCUUGAUCGAACUCGGCAUCGACAAAAACGCAAAAACCAACGAUGGAUGGAAUGCGCUUCAUCUUUUGUGUUCUAAAAAUUCAAGCCCACACUUAAUCGAUGCGAUUAAACUCUUGAUCGAACUCGGCAUCGACAAAACCGCAAUAAUUAAGGCUGGAUCGAAUGCGCUUCAUCUUUUGUGUCGAUACAGUUCAAGCCCACACUUAAUCGAUGCGAUUAAACUCUUGAUCGAACUCGGCAUCGACAAAAACGCAAAAACCAACGAUGGAAUGAAUGCGCUUCAUCUUUUGUGUUCUAACAAUUCAAGCCCACACUUAAUCGAUGCGAUUAAACUCUUGAUCGAACUCGGCAUCGACAAGGACGCAAAAAUCAACGCUGGAUGGAAUGCGCUUCAUGGUUUGUGUUCUAACAAUUCAAGCCUACACUUAACCGAUGCGAUUAAACUCUUGAUCGAACUCGGCAUCGACAAGGACGCAAAGGAGGACAAGGGAUGGAAUGCGCUUCAUCUUUUGUGUUCUAACAAUUCAAGCCCACACUUAAUCGAUGCGAUUAAACUCUUGAUCGAACUCGGCAUCGACAAGGACGCAAAAAUCAACGCUGGAUGGAAUGCGCUUCAUCUUUUGUGUUCUAACAAUUCAAGCCCACACUUAAUCGAUGCGAUUAAACUCUUGAUCGAACUCGGCAUCGACAAAAACGCAAAAACCAACGAUGGAAUGAAUGCGCUUCAUCUUUUGUGUUCUAACAAUUCAAGUCCACAUUUAAUCGAUGCGAUUAAACUCUUGAUCGAACUCGGCAUCGACAAAAACGCAAUAACUAAGGCUGGAUCGAAUGCGCUUCAUCUUUUGUGUCUAUACAAUUCAAGCCCACACAUAAUUGAUGCUAUUAAACUCUUGAUCAAACUCGGCAUUUACAAGGACGCAAAGGAUAACGGUGGAUCAGAUGCACUCGAUUUGAGCCGGCGCAAUCCAAAUCUUACAAAGUGCAACGUAGACGAAAUCCUUAAACCGGAUGAGGUGCAAUUAUAACGAUAUUAAAGCUUUUCGCAAGAUAAACAGGCAAAAAAAGGCUGCGUUGCAACAGACGAGACUCUCGGCAAAAUACGGUUUAUAAUAGUUAGAAUAGACAGUGCGACGCACCACAUCAGCUGGAGUAUGCAGAAAACGAACCUUGUAACACAAGUGAAUAAAAGAGUUUGAGGAAACGUAACGAAACUUGUCUGCGAAAAAACAAUCUACGUUUUCUGGGCCAACUGCAAAACGAACGACCACACGUCCGCUAACACAACUCUGCUAUCGUUGGAAAACUCACUUUAGGAGAAACAUGAGGCAUCAGUCGAGUAAUUGUGUGCUAACUAUACGGGAAUAAAGGGCGACCCAGUUCUACAUCAACAGCACAAAGUCAAACGGUAUGCAAUGGCGGCAUCCUGAAAUCGACUCAACUUUGUCGUUAAUCCAUUUACUUAAUUUACUUUCACCUAAAAUAUUUGUUUGUCAAAUUCCGAGGAAAUCACAUACCAAUCAAAACAGUUAAUUCGAUCCUCCACACAAUCU